AUGGUAGAAGGUUGUCCUGGCAGUUUCAGAGUUUACGAUGUAUGUUAUUUAGAAGGAGAUUUGGUCGAGAUGCACCUUAAAUUGGGUGAUCUCAUUUAUAUGAUGCCAUACAACUAUGCUGCUUGCGGACUUUGCCGUACAACUCUCUAUGGUUGCCGUAUUGUAAGGGAAGAUUUGCAAAAAGAAAUAGACAACGGGCUUAUUCGAGUUGAUAGAGAGAGGAACUUCAAUAAAGUCAACAUGGUACAAGCUAAGGGAGCUCCUAUCAACAUGGUUGAAGGAUGUCAGGGUAAUUACCAAAUAUACGAUGUGAUAUUCAUGAGAAGAUCUUUGGUUGAGAUGCACAAGAGUUUGUUUCGGCUCCUUUUUGUUCCACCACGUGAUUAUACCACCUGCGAAUUUUGUUCGAUAAACCCACGUGCAUGUCCCCUUGUACGACAGGAUAUCCAAAGAUUGUUGGACGCGGGAACUAUCACUGUUGUCCAUCCCAGAAAUCUCGAGAAUGAUGCCAAUGUUAUAAUCCCUCAGUCCAAUGUUCCUGAACCCUUGAAGAUUACAUUCGAUGGUCACAACUCUAUAAUUUCACCUUUGGUCAUCUAUUUAUCAGGUCCAACGCCGUACCAAUCUGACAAGUUCGUACCCAACAAGUACCAAGCUACCAUGAUCGAAGAUGGAAAGGAGGUUCCUCUACCUUCUAUGCCUUCUGUCGUUAACAUUAUCGAUGUAAGUGGGGUCACAAGAAGCGAGCGUGUAUUCGCUGCGGUGCCACCAAGAAAUGUUAAAGCUAUAGUUGGGAAGAAAACGCAAGUUGAGGCACCGAUUAUAAACAACGAACCUGAUGUUGUGGAAGAGUCCAGUGGGGCUAAUAUCAACUUAGAAUUCGAUGAGGUUUUGAGAUUGAUCAAGAAGAGUGAAUACAAAGUUGUGGACCAGCUCUUACAAACCCCUUCCAAGAUAUCUGUUUUAUCCCUAUUGAUGAGUUAUGAGGCUCAUAGGGAGGCUCUAAAAAAGGUUAUAGAGCAAGAUUAUGUCGAUCAUGACGUAAUGAUUGAACAAUUUCAUAACAUUGUCGCCAACAUAACUGUCUGCCACAAUUUGAGUUUCAGUCAUGAAGAACUCCCAGCAGAGGGCAAGAAUCACAACAUGGCUCUGCAUAUUUCCAUGAAUUACCUUAAUGAUUUUCUAUCCAAUGUGUUGGUGGACACAUGUUCUUCACUCAAUGUCAUGCCAAAAUCAACUAUGUACAGAUUGGCUUUUCAAGGGGCUCCUAUGAGAUAUAGUGGGGUUAUUAUUAAAGCAUUUGGCGACUCCAAAAACACUGUCAUCGGCGAGGUGGCUCUCCCCAUGACCAUUGGUCCACAUAUCUUUCAAGUCACCUUUCAAGUAAUGGACAUCUAUGUUUCUUACAGUUGUUUGUUGGGUCUCCCAUGGAUCCAUGAGGCAAUGUUUGUCACUUCGACUCUUCACCAGAGGCUCAAGUUCGUAAGGAAUGGGAAAUUGGUCACAGUAUGCGGAGAAGAGGCUUUAGUGGUGAGUCACAUAUCGUUAUUUUAUUUCGUCGAUGCUGAGGAUGAAGUUGGAACCCAAUUUCAUACACUAUCUAUUGCUGACAAAGAUGUACAAGAUAAUGGAGCUUCCAUUCAUUCCUUUAACGAUGCACGAUAG